AUGCGCGUCACCAAGCCAUCAUGGCUAAGCCACAAAGGCGAGCAGAAAGACUUCGAGGUUUACAGCUGUCAUGUGUCGCCAGAUGGAACCCGACUUGCGACUGCAGGCGGUGAUGGUCACGUCCGUGUCUGGUCAACCGAAUCCGUUUACAGUGCCGACGACCGCUCCUACACCGGCCCGCGACAGCUAUGCCACAUGAGCCAUCAUCUCGGCACCAUCCACUCGGUGCGCUUCUCCCCCAAUGGACGAUACCUGGCAUCCGGCGCAGACGAUAAGAUCAUAUGUAUAUACCAACUGGAGAGCGGCCCGCCUGCCAUUGCUCGCUUUGGCACCAACGAGCCACCUCCGGUCGAGAAUUGGAAGACCACCAGGCGACUGAUAGGGCAUGAGAACGAUGUCCAAGACCUGGGCUGGUCUUGCGAUGGGUCUAUACUGGUUUCUGUUGGUUUAGACUCCAAGGUGGUGAUAUGGUCCGGCCACACCUUUGAGAAGCUCAAGGUCCUGCCCAUGCACCAGAGCCAUGUCAAGGGCAUCACCUUUGAUCCAGCCAACAAGUUCUUUGCUACGGCAAGUGACGAUAGAACAAUUAAGAUCUUUCGAUUCACUUCCCCAGCACCCAACGCGACCCAGCACGACAUGGUUAAUAAUUUCCAGCUCGAGGCUACCAUCAGUGCGCCGUUUAAAUCCUCCCCCUUGACCACGUAUUUCCGCCGGUGUUCGUGGUCUCCAGAUGGCAACCACAUUGCCGCUGCGAACGCUGUUAAUGGACCUGUGAGCUCGGUUGCUAUUAUCGAGCGGGCGAGAUGGGAAAGCGAAAUCAACCUCAUCGGACAUGAAGGGCCAACCGAGGUCUGCAUGUUUUCGCCAAGGCUUUUCCAUACCACAAAACCGGUAGAAAACGGCGCGACAAAUGGACAUGCCUUGGCGGGCACAUUGGUCACUGUGAUUGCUUCGGCUGGUCAGGACAAGACUCUAAGCAUCUGGAACACAAAUUCAUCGAGACCGGUCGUCAUCCUGCAAGACUUGGCGGCAAAGUCGAUCUCUGACAUUGCCUGGGCGCCUGAUGGCCAAACGCUUUUCGCAUCAAGUCUUGACGGUGGCAUUGUCUGCGUUAGGUUUGAGACGGGCGAAUUAGGCUGGGUUGCUAAUCUUGAAGAGACUGACAAAGCCCUGUCUAAAUACGGAGCGUCGCGAAAGGCAAUGGGUAUUGCUGAAGAUGUGGACGGCCUUCAACUCGAAAAUCACAGCAAGGAAGGAGAGCGCAGAGGCGCCGAAUCCAGGAUGGGCGCCCUGAUGGGGGACUUCCAUCCUCUUCCGAAGGAUCAGGUGCCUACUACAAAUGGUGUCAAACCGGGCGUAGCUACGCCUAAGAUGGCAUUGACUAAUGGCCAAGCAGAAGGCGAGGUCGAGAGGGAGAAAGACAAAGCGAUACCAGCACCGGAGCCAGCAGACAAAACGGCCCAGCGUGUCAAUGAACUCAAGUCAAGAGUCACGAUCACCAAAGAUGGAAGAAAGAGAGUUGCUCCAAUGCUCAUAUCUUCAUCUGGAACGGGUCAAUCCUCUCUGCCGCAGACACAGCUGGUUGGAUCAAGCGCAUCAAAGGCUGCGCAGAAUGACGCACCUCAGACGAUCCUGGACCUCUCCAAGCCAUACGAUGGACUACCCGAAGGUGGUCUUGCAGCGAUGCUCCUGGGUAACAAGAGAAAAGCCAUCGCGAUCGAAGGCGAAGACGACGAGGAACAUCCGAGCAAACGGCAAUCUACCGGUCCGAGACCAAUCAUGAGGGAUGGGGCAGAUGGUCUGGAAGCGGUAGCAUUAGAACCCCCUAAACAGGGCUUAGUGCCUACACCUGAGUAUCUUCGACCAGCAGUCCUGAAUCCCUCUAUUGCCAUUUCCCAAGUUCGACUCGCUGUACCGAAGGUGCGGACACAUAUCCUUCGUCCCUUGGAACGCGGUGUUCUCCUCGAAGACAGCGCUGUGGAGGAAGCAUCGAAGGUUCCCGAGAAUGUCAUCUUGGAGGCCAAGAAUCCGGCCGCCAUCCGCGACCCCUCACACAUCACAGCAACCAAACGUGGCACCUUACUCUGGCAGGACUACCUCCCACGAGCUAUUGUUCUUGUGACCGGCAGCAAAAGAUUCUGGGCCGCUGCCUGUGAAGAUGGUAGCUUGUACACCUGGACACCAGCUGGUCGUCGACUAAUCAACGCCAUGGUACUAGAAUCGCAACCGGUGAUUCUCGAAUGCCGCGAGUGGUGGCUAUUAUGUAUCACUGCAGCCGGCAUGUGCUACGUCUGGAAUAUCAACACCCUUUCCUCACCGCAUCCGCCAGUUUCCCUUGCUCCCAUCCUGGAGAUCGCUAUCAGCUCCCUCCAACCACAUGGCGCCAUGCCUGCUCCGGGUGUCACCUCAGCCCACCUGAAUUCAAGUGGUCACAUUAUUGUCACGCUGACGAAUGGCGAUGGCUAUCACUACUGCCCUAAUAUGUUCGCAUGGCAGCGUCUUUCCGAAUCGUGGUGGGCCGUUGGGAGUCAGUACUGGAACAGCAACGACUCCUCGGUCGGUUCGCUUCAAUCUACCGCCGUGGGCUCAGUGCCUGCAAAGGAUGGAAAGAGCGACGACGUGACCGUUUCUGCCGGCGUCAUCCCGUUCCUGGAGCGACAUACAACCAAUGAGUUCCUUCUCAAGGGAAGGGCCUACACUCUGCAGCGCCUGAUCAAGUCCCUGCUCUCAAAAGACGGGUUUGAGGGCUUUGAAUCAAGCGUCAGCAUUGGUCAUCUGGAGAACCGCAUUGCGGGAGCUCUUCAGUUGGGUGCUAAGGAGGAAUUCCGAUUGUAUAUAUUCAUGUAUGCUAAGCGAAUCGGAGCCGAGGGGCUGCGGGGCAAGGUUGAGGAGCUCCUGAACAGCCUGUUGGGAGGGAUCUUGCAAGACAAACAAAGCGAAGAUGAAGACAAGGGCAGGGGUUGGAACAGUACAGAGGAGGAUAUCUGCGGGUGGGACCGAAAGGAGCUCCUCAAAGGGGUGGUAAUGAUUCUCGGCAAGUUUCGGGAGCUGCAGCGUCUCACUGUACAAUACGCUCGGGUGCUCGACCUGACCCUGGAGGACGACCUGGCUGGUGAUGCUAUUUCGGUUGAACCGUGA